AUGAUGAGGAAGAUGUUGGUGGUGGCGUUGCUUUUGAUCGUUGGUUCGGUGAGUGAGGCGAGUGCGGCCGCGACUGUGGCGCAGAAGUGCAGCAACCAGUUUCAGAAGGUGGCGGUGUGCCUGAACUACGUGACGGGGAAGGCGGACACGCCGACGAAGGAGUGCUGUGAGUCGGUGAAGGGUAUAAGGGACAGCGAGCCGGAGUGCUUGUGCUACGUCAUGCAGCAGGCCAACAGCGGCAGCGACGAGAUCAAGAAGAUGGGGAUCCAGGUGGCCAAGUUGCUUCAGCUCCCCACUGCAUGCAGCUUGAAAAACGCCAGCGCCAGCGACUGUCCUAAGCUUCUAGGCAUACCUGCUGGCUCACCAGAGGCUGCUAUCUUCAAUAAUAAUGCUUCAUCAACGGCCACUCCUUCUGCACCCGCCGGAAAAUCAGCACCGGUGAAGACCGGCGACUCUAAUGGAAUUACCAAGCCCGGACCCCACCAUGCCGGUCUGAUGGCAACGGCUGUGGCCAUCAUUUUCUUUACAUUCCCUGUUGUUGGAUCAAUCUCUAAUCUCUUUGUUUAA